UGAGCUCGAAUACAAUCGCCAAACGAUGCACGUGCAGGGCAUAUCGCACUGGGCUCCGGCCAACAUCGGUACCUACAGCCAAUCGACGAAGGUUGGUCAUAUAACGUACAUCUCGGGACAGAUUGCGCUGGUGCCGGGCAGUAUGACCAUCAUCGAGGGUGGCAUCAAGCAACAAUGCAAGCUUACGUUGCGCCAUCUAAGCAGGAUAGCGAAGGCCAUGAACGCGCAAGGUGGUCAACUGCGUGAUGUGGUGCAGGGUAUCUGCUUCGUGACGCAUCCAGCCUAUAUCUACGAGGCCCGUCGGCAGUGGGAACGCCGGACGGCGAACGCUAUCAUCGACUACAUCGUGCUGCCCGCCCUACCACGAGGUGCUCUCGUUGAGUGGCAGGUCUGGGCACACUCGCACAAUGACAAAUUCGACUACGAAGAAACCGGCUGCUCAAUCGGCGAAUACUCGAUAUCGAUCCGCCGGCGGUGGAACUACGAGAACAAUUGCUCCUCUAUCGUAUGCUAUGUCUCGACCGGGCUGGCCACCUCGACGACCAAGCUGACAGAGCUAACCGACGAUUAUCUGCAUCAUCAUGCACAGCUGGCACAGAGAAUCACUCGCGAGCAGAUUCACGAUACGAUCGCGUACGUGUUGCGCAAACUACUGCAGGACUAUUCGAUGACACACGGUUUCGGUACUAGUCCCGCAACGGUGACCGGCGCCGAACAGCAGCAACACACUGUAUCCGAUAGUGGCAACGAUUCGAGCAGCACACCGACUAACGACAGUAGUAUCAACGACAACGACACCAAUCACGACCAGCUCAAACCGGCCGUCCAUCUGAGAGUGUUCUAUCAGAUCUAUGCCAUCCCGUCCGUACAGUUUCUACUCGAUGCGAUCGAAAGCUUCCUACAGUCACCGGCGAACGUAGCUCGCAUCGCCUACACCGUCAUACCGGCCUGUCAUCUGCAGAACUUUAGCACCUUCAUCUCGAUCUGCGGCCUACGGCAUCAUGAGUAGGAAAAACAUUCAUACUUACGAUAUGGGUCGAAAGCGUUUUUUUUUACCUAAUUCAAAGUCAAUCCGGAAGUUAGCAGUGGCAAGAACAACCUUCAAGUGCAGCCAUUAAGGUAGAGCAACUAUGAGCGAUCGCGACGCGUGUCUGUUUGUUAAAUAUGUGUGUAUGUUUGUGGUUUUGUAAGUGUGUCGCGUGUGUGAUAGAGACGACGAUAAGAGGAAGGGCGAUGAAGAUGACCAGAAUUAUAUUAAAUUGUUAACAGCAUCGACAUCACUGACAGAGGGGAAACCGGUAAACUUCGUGGGCAUGUAACCAAACCAGUGAUGAGGCAAACGUAAGCGUGCGCCGAUGUGCGAAUGAUCGCAAUUUUUGAAUUUAAAGUCUCUGUUAGAUGCGUAGUUAGGCUAUUAUAUUAUAUUAAAGAAGAAGUGAGCGAAGAGUGAACGAACAACGGAACACCACCAACAGAUUAUGAUCCCUCUCUUCCUGUUCUGUAACACCGCUUUAAGCACUUCUAAGUUCUCGAUAAAAGAAGGGACGGGUCCCACGCUCGCGCUUUGACAUGCUGGAACAAAAGACCGGAACGUGAGUUGUAAGUUGUAGUCGGGGAGCAGCAGGAGGAAAAAAAUGAAAUACAAAAAAUGAACAAAGGAAAGUAAAAAAAACGGGAAGAAUUGCUUCGGAGUUGCAUUCGGCUCGCAUAAUAGUA